AUGCGGGAGUGGUGGGUCCAGGUGAGGUUGUUGGCGGUGCCCCUGCUUGCAGCCUAUCUGCACAUCCUGCCCCAGCAGCCUUCCCCUACUCUUCACUCAUGGAAGUCGUCAGGCAAAUUUUUCACCUACAAGGGACUGUGCAUCUUCUACCAAGACUCUGUGGGUGUGGUCGGAAGUCCGGAGAUAGUCGUGCUUUUACAUGGCUUUCCAACAUCCAGCUAUGACUGGUACAAGAUUUGGGAGGGUCUGACCCUCAGGUUUCAUCGAAGUCUGUGUCUGUCAAAUGGAGGUAUAUUUCCUGAGACUCACCAUCCUCUCCUUCUACAAAAGCUUCUCAAAGAUGGAGGCAUGCUGUCACCCAUCCUCACACGGUUGAUGAACUUCUUCGUAUUCUCUCGAGGUCUCACCCCUGUCUUUGGGCCAUACACCCGACCUUCUGAGAGUGAGCUGUGGGACAUGUGGGCAGGGAUAUGCAACAAUGAUGGGAACUUGGUUAUCGACAGUCUCUUGCAGUACAUCAAUCAGGGGAAGACGUUUAGAAGACGCUGGGUGGGAGCCCUUGCCUCUGUAUCUAUUCCCAUUCAUUUUAGCUAUGGGCCACUGGAUCCGGUGAGCCCCUAUCCCAAGUUUUUGGAGCUGUACAGGAAAACGCUGCUGCGGUCCACAGUGCCGAUUCUGGAUGACCACAUUAGCCACUAUCCACAGCUAGAGGAUCCCAUGGGCUUCUUGAAUGCAUAUAUGGGCUUCAUCAACUCCUUCUGA